AUGUCGUCCAACCCUGGCCAGAUUCCCACAUCCAAAGCGGUGAAUGUUUCGAGUCAGCCAGCGCCCGCGACAUACCAUUCAUCUGAGAACAGCGCGCAACGACGCGCUGGAGGCUCUGGUAGUUUUGGGGCUGGCUUAACAUCGAGAACCCCUAGCUAUCCCAGAAACAAUCAGGCGAGGAGAACUCAGCGACAACGGCGCCCGAAGGUGUUGGAUGAUGACGAUUACAGUGAAUCAGCCAUCAUGAAGUCUUCAACCAGCCGCAAGGGGCAAACGUCCAUCACGCAUCUAAUGAAUUUCUCUCUUCCCCCACGCCCUCAGUAUCAGCCUCCGCCCCGCAACCCCCGCCGUUAUACCUCCUGGGGCCCGGGCUCCGGAUAUCACGCGGUGGAUAAGGCCCGAUAUGUUCAUGCAAACUACCGUUUCAUUGUGAAUCCAACCCAGAACUAUCAUACUCAGGCGGCUAACGCCGACGUUCACUUGGACUGGGAUUCAGUUCUUCAAGUCCUAGUGUCUGAACAAACUCAGUCCGCCAGUUGUCCUAUCUGUCUCUCCACUCCGGUUGCCCCGCGAAUGGCACGAUGUGGUCACAUCUUCUGCCUCCCCUGCCUCAUUCGCUACAUGCAUUCCACUGAUGAAGAACAUCCGGUCCCUGAAAAGAAGCCGCGUUGGAAAAAAUGUCCGAUCUGCUGGGAUUCGGUCUACAUCUCCGAAGCACGCCCUGUGCGUUGGUUCCGUGGUCAAGAAGGUGAUCUUCCUGUCGAAGGCGGCGACGUUGUUUUAAGAUUGGUCAAAAGAGUUCCUGGCAGCACCCUAGCGCUGCCUAGAGACGGAGCCGAAGACAUCGCUCCCGGUGCGGAUAUUCCAUGGUACAAUGUUGCCGAAGUCGCCGACUAUGCGCGGAUUAUGAAGGGGGGUGAGGACUACAUGAAGGGCCAGUAUGAUGCAGAGAUUUCCGGCUUGCGAGCGCAAGAGGUAGAAGACGAACUUCUGUUUGGGGACGAUUCUACAUGGAGCAAGAAGGCAGUUGCCGCCAUCAAUGAGGCGAAGUCCAAGCUAGAUGGCAUCGGGAACCCUCCAGAGGAUGUUGAGCGACAAUUUGUCAACCUACCAUCGGAAGGUGAAACCGCCAUGGAUUCUACAUUACAAGAUGCUGCAUUAUCAGGCAAAGGCUCAUCUGCAGAAUCUUUUCUAUCUGAAGGCGAAGGUCUUGACAGGACCUUGGAGAACAAGGUUACUGCCAACAAUGCGGAGCGUGCGACCGAGGCGCUCGACCAGCUCGACCUGAACUCGACCGGCUCAAAGAACAAAAAGAGAGAUCUCGGGAUCGGUCGUGGCCCUGAACACCCGUUUUACUUCUACCAAGCUCUACCUCAUUUCUAUCUUUCCCCGCUGGACAUUCGCAUUCUUAAGGCCGCCUUUGGCGAUUAUCCCUCAUUCCCUGCCACUAUUCUACCACGGGUUGAACGAAUCUCUACUGGGCAUAUUGUCGACGACGAACUUCGAAAAAGGGUCAAAUAUCUCGGUCAUCUCCCCUAUGGAUGCGAAGUGAACUUCCUCGAAUGUGAUUGGCGCGAUGUCGUUCAGCCCGAGAUUCUACAGGAGUUCAAGUCUGAAACCGACAGGCGGAGAAAGCGGAAUCGAGAUAAAGAGGCCCGAGAAGAGAAGGAUCGCAUCCGUGCUGAGCGGGAAGAAAAUGAGAAGGGCUGGGCCUCUGCGUACCGAAAAAGACUGAGUGUUGGUAGCAGCAGUGACCCUCCGUUUUCUGACCGUGAUUUCCAGCCUUUAGCAAGCGGCGCUCCAGGCCUUGAGAUGUCUCCUCCGGAGGAGGGCUUAGAGUUUUCAUCAACAAGCCCACCCAGCAGUCGAACAGUCUGGGGCACGGCAGCAGUGACACCUCUUUCCCAGCCAUCCAGCUCUCAGGCAGCCGCUUCUGAUGGUUGGCUUCGAGGCUGGGAAGAAGAGCUCUGGGCCCAACAAGAACGAGAGGCCCUUGCUCAAUCAGCUGCUGAGGGGGCUAGUACACCCGCCUCCUCUUCAGGUGGGAAGAAAAAGAAAAAUAAAAAGAUCACACUCAUGUCGACUAACAUCCAAAGAGGUGCUUGA